AUGUCCACUCUGCAAGGCGUUCUUCACAUUUCCGUUGCAAUACACCAAGCUGGGUGGCACCUAAAGCGGAAUCUGCAAAUUUAUGGGCUGCUGGCAUUUUCUGGCAUUGCACUUGCCGUUAUCACACAUCUCCUUCGAAGGGUUGCAAUAGAGAUACUAUCUAAAGUUCACAAAUUCGCGGCCGUUCUCGUUGGCAUAACUGUUUUGUGCCACCUAAUACAAUCUAGGAUCUUCCCUAAAUUAGGAGUUCUUAUUUCUAGCAUCGCUAUUUCUCUCCUCCUUAUACUUCGAUGGGUAUUGCUUCUUAUUCGCAAUAUCAAGUACGCGAAAGUCGCAUCUCGUGCAGUCAUCGUUCGGAUGAAACAUGCUGAUGCCAUUCGAGUCGUGAUUCCGAUCAACCGACCAUUUCAAGUUCAACCCGGAAUGAGUGUUUACAUUUGGAUGCCUGGUGUCAGCUUGCGCUCUGCUCUCCAAACAUAUUCCUUUCCAAUAUCCUGGUGGGAGAACGAUAUCAAUGGAAACGCCACAAGUAUCACGCUGCUGGUGCGUGAGAAACGAGGCUUCGCGCAAAGACUGAUGAAUCACCCGAGAAGCGAGUUCUUAACGUGGUUGGAUGGACCGUAUGGUCGUUUAGAGGGACUCGCAGGUUAUAGCCGCGUUCUUUGUAUUGGCACUGGAAUUGGAAUUGCUCCAUUGCUAUCCUAUAUUAGACUCUCGGUUGAGAGCAAUAUUAAUAACCACACACAUUGCGAUAUAUUCAUUGUGUGGGAGGUUGAUCAUGAGUCAAAUUUCGACUGGAUAUAUGACUGGAUGGAUGAGCUCCUUCGGAAGGACAAUGGGGCUUAUAAACUUCAUUUCGCGCUACAUAUACCAUCCGCCCGACCUGCUCAGGACACUCACGAAACGUGGAAUAGCAAGCACGGGAGAAUUUUCAGGCUCUACUCUGCUGUGAAUGCAAAGGACGCUAUACCCAAUGACUUUUUUGAGGACGGAAGAAAAGGGUUGAUUGCCGUCUGUGCAGAAGAAAGUAUCGUCGCAGAGCUUUAUGGGCUAGUAGCCCAUCAAAUGACAGGAUUAGUGAACAUUGUCGAUCUUCAGUUCCAGUCAGCCGGCAUUGGAGGCUCUACUCAAGCUUCAGCUCCUCGGAAGUUUAAUUCUGCAGAGAAUGGUGGUCACGACACUCAAAUUAAAGUUGUUUCGAUAUGA